AUGUCUUCACUUCGGAAUGCGGUGGCGCGGAGGAACCACAAAGAGCGAGGACAGCUCGAAGGGCGAGAGCGAUGGGGAAUUCUCGAAAAGCACAAGGAUUACUCACUCCGUGCGAAAGAUUACAACGCCAAGCAAGCAAAGCUUAAGCGCCUCCAAGAGAAGGUGCGCGACAGCAACCCGGAUGAAUUUGCCUUUGGAAUGGUGGGAGCGAAGAAUCAGCGAGCGGGAAAGCAUGGACGAGGUGUUGGCGUGGCGCGAGACUCAGCUGAGGCCCGCGGAUUGAGCCAUGAUGCAAUCAAACUUCUCAAGACUCAAGAUCAAAAUUAUCUCCGGACAGCUGGUGAGCGGAUACGCCGGGAAAUCGAGCGUCUUGAACGCGAGGCGCAGCUGCAGGAGGGAAUGGAUGAGGUCCUGGGCCGGAAGAACAAGAAGAAUCAAGAUGAAGAUGAAGACGAGCUGGAUGGUCUCGACGAUGACCUUGAUGAUUUCGACUUCAGUCUCCCGCCGCAGAAAAAGCAACAGCAAAAGUCACGCAAAUUGGUUUUUGCCGAUGAUCGUGACGACCAGCGGGCUAUGAAACAGAAACAAAUCCAGGAUGAGGAAAGUGAUGCGAUGGAAGAAGACGAGGAGAAGGAUGCAUCUCGCCCGACUCGCAAGACCCCCAAGCAGAUCACCGCUGAGCGAGAGGCACUACGUGAGGCCCGCCGAGCCAAGAAGAUUCGCAAACGUACUACUGAGGGCCGGAUUGGCAAGUUGACGGCGCUGCGUAAGCAGUAUGCUGAAAUCCAAGCAGCCCACCGCGAAGUCGAUUGGCAACGCGGCAAAAUGGAUAACUCCGUCGGUGGAACCAACAAGAAGGGCAUCCAGUGGAAAAUCCGGGAGCGCAAACGUUGA